ACAAUUGGUAGAUUGUUGUGUCUCAUGCAAACUGAAAAUCUGUAGAAUCGCACGCCGUACAGUUAAAUAACACUCCAAAAAUAUCGAGAAUACGAUGGAUAUUCACCAUGGAAGUACAAUACCGGCAUUCCUCAACAAAUUAAUAUCCCUACUCGAAGAUGAAUCGACUAACGACUUGAUACGUUGGGGUCAAAAUGGUACAUCAUUCCUUGUCUGUGACCAAGGUCGAUUUGCCAAGGAAGUGUUGCCAAACUACUUCAAACACAACAACAUUGCCAGCUUUAUAAGACAACUAAACAUGUAUGGCUUCAGAAAGCUUGUUAAUGUUGAGAGUGGUGGAUUGAAAGUAGAGCGUGAUGAAACAGAAUUUUGUCAUCCUUAUUUCAUAAGGGGACGGCUUGAGUUGUUGGAACAGAUUAAAAGGAAAAUUUCCUCCAGUAAAGGUGACGAAGUGAAAGUAAAGCAAGGAGAUGUGUCGCUCAUUCUGAAUGAUGUUAAACAAAUGAAAGGAAAACAAGGAGACAUGAGCAACAAAUUGGAUGCUAUGAAAAGAGAAAAUCAGGCACUAUGGCGUGAGGUAAAAGAGCUUCGUCAGAAACACACCAAACAGCAGCAGAUUGUCAACCGACUGAUUGAGUUCUUGCUUAGUCUUGUCAAACCAGCAAGAUCUGGACUUAAGAGAAAAAUGCCUUUGAUGAUUAACCAUGCGACAGAGAGUCCGACUUCCAAUCCACCAAAGUACAGCCGGCAUCUUGCAUUCCAGCCAUCGACUAGUACAAUCUCAGACUAUGACCUGCAGUCUCUACAGCCAAGCGACAGUGAAGAGUUUGAAACAACAGAGCAUUCCAAUGGUCCUAUAAUUUCUGAUGUAACAGAUUUAAUUUCCCCGAAUGAGGUAGAUGAGAAUCAAAAGGAGUCUGGAUUUGUUGAGGAUCAUACAAAUGAGAAUGAAGUAGAGAAACUAGCAGAAGCCUUUCUACCUGAGGCACAGUCGCGGCUUUUGUUGGAUAAGAUAUUGGAUGCACCUGUUGUAUCUGAACCUUCUAUUGACUCAGCUUUGACGUCUUUACCUAUGGGUAUUGAUCUGGAACCCCCAGAAACCUUAUUAGAAGACGAUGCUGCGACAAGUGAUGGUAAUCCUAAUAACCAAGAUAGUGCCAAUCUCUCAACCUCAAAUAAAUCAGAUGACAGGGAUAUGACUGUGGCGCUAUCAAAUGCACAUGCAAGCUCCGCUCCUGUCAGAAACUGA